AUGGAAGCACCGAAAUGGCUGGAUGAUGAUGGAAAGGAUCUUUUCAACGACAUUGAAAAUGAUGAGAACCCGCACAGCGAUGCAGCUUGCGAAAGCCGCGAGAAGCUGCUGAAAGCCAUGGCUGGGAAAGGCGACUCCAGCGCUUCCAGCUAUCGAGCUCGCACUCUCCUAGGCUGCGGCCUCUGUGAGCUGAAGAAGGCGAACUGGGUGAUGGCGAAGAGGCGUCUGGAGAGCGCGAUCUCCGAGAUGAACGUGCCAAGUGAGGAGAUGAUGUUGAAGAAUCCCGACCUGGCGCCGAUUGCUCUCACGAAGCAAGCUGCAGACUUCAUGAAGAAGCAUGAGCUCACGCAGGCAGGGACCCAGCUGCGGCGUUGCCGCGAAGUCCUAGAAAGGAACGUGAAGACGGCGACCUCAACAACUUCAGACGGAGUGGCUGCUACUCGUAGCUGCCGGCUUCGCUUCCAUGGCCCAUGGCGGUUUGCGAGACUUCAUGGAGAUCUCCGGCCACAGCUGGACCAGGCUGCCGAGCCUGGGGAGCCUGGGGAGCCGAUGGACAGCCCGAGAAAGCGCUGCGGCAAGCGGCUCCUCACAGAGGCCGAGGAGGCCACUAGUGACGGCUUCCUCGCCUUCGCCUCCGACGAAGAGGAGGACGAGGAGAACACAGAGGAAGCUGCUUCCUCCGACGGCGAGCAAGUGCGCAGCGACCUGCCACCACCGGAGGCCCCAACUACGCAAGGUGCUACGGCCGCUACGGCCGCGGCGCCGGCUCUGGCCUUGGACUGGUCCUUGAGUGACCUGCUCCUUGAGGAGAUCCCAGGCAGUGGACGCGGUUUGGUGGUGAAAACAUCCACGCCAGAGGUUUGGGCUCUGGGCCGAGGAGCGCAUGCAGCGUAUCAGGGCCGGCAGAAGUGGAAGCUUCGCAUCUUGCGACUUCCCUCAACGACUGCUUCGACUUCUGUCUCGCUCCUCUUUGGGGUCCUGGCCCAGUGGCCAGGCUGCCAUCCGAUGCCCGGCCCGGAGGGCUCAGCGCAACAGCCGGCCCUGGCCCUGCUCACGGACACCGGAGAGCAGCUCUUUUCCUCGAAUCUCUCUUCAGCCCUGCUCCGAGCUCCGUUGUUGCCGCGGGCUCUGAAGGUUCAGGAUCUCAUCGAAGUAAUCAUGGACCUCGACAUGAGACGACUCUGUUUUCGCAUCGAAGGCGAUGACAAGGUGGAGGGCGAGGCCAAGCGGCUUCCUAUCCGAAAAGACACAGCAGGUCGUGGAAGCCACGCUUCACAGCGGCUCCGAGACACGGCCUACUAUCCUUUCUUCGCCCUGCGGGCUGGUGUGGAAGUGGAGCUGCUUGACAUGCGCCCGGCGCAACGUUUGCCAUGUGCUCCAAUCCCGGAGGCCGUGAUUUUGUGCGGACCUCCCGGCGCUGGCAAAUCCACCUGGGCCCGGCAGCACGCGGCAGGCAAAACCUUCCAGGUUCUCGGAGCUGAGUGGUUGCAUCACCGAGCCACCUUCUGCUCCGAGGUUUCAGCGCAGCCUGAGCCGAAGGGAGGAAGUCCGGCCCAGAUGUCUGUGCCGACUGAGUCUAGCUCCGAUGCGCUUGGGAACGAGGGUCGCAGACUCUUUGCCGAGCGCUUGCUGAAAGCCUUCAGCGCUCCGGAGGAGGCCGCGCCUCCCUCGCCAGCAACACGAACGAAGGCCUGGACUUUCCGCCGUGCCCGCGAUCUUCUGGCAUCCGAACUGCCAGAAUUGCUGCGUCGUUCCGCAAAUCGGCGAACCAGCGUGAUUGCGGAUGAUUGCCAUCUGCAGGCAGCGGGUCGAUUGGCCCUCCGCAACGCCUUGCAUCACUUCCCUGGCAAAGUCCGUUGGAUCAUUGUUCUCCCAGAAACUGUGGGAGAAUUGCUUCGACGACGGAGUGAGCCGACGGAUGAAGGCCUCGCAGGCCUCGCAGCAGACGACUGGUCCGGGGCAUCGCUUCCCGAUAGGGAAGGUGGUCUACACGUGGAGUAUGCAGAAGGUCGCAAUUUGGGCGUCUUCCAAAGUUGGCUCAUGUUGGAGGACACCGAGGAGUCUGCAUCAUGGACAUUGGCUCACGAAGCUCCGCCUGGAAAAGCAGCUGCCUCCCAGGAGCUGGGCGGCUUCUUCCAAGCCUAUGACAGCUGCAGGCGUUACAAUAAGUAUGCAGUGCUCAAGAGAGUCCAUCAGCAGAUGAGCCAAAGUGGCCAGGCCGUUCCUUUGGAAAAGUUCGUGGAAGAGAUCCCAGGCCUUGGGAAGACAGGGCAGUUCCUUCCGUCUCUGAUGACGCAAGUCCCUGGACUCCGCGAGGUCUUCGGCUUCAUGGAGGUCGUUGAGAGCUCCCUUGACUCGCUCGACGCGCAAGUCGCGGGCGUUGAUCCGAUGCAGAAGACCAAGAAGCGCCGGCUGGAUGUUAGCAAGGCCAAGAGCAAGGGCGGCAGCAUGAUGUAUGUUCGUGCCCUCUUCAUGCAGCCGGUUGUACCAUUCGAGCAGCUCGCCGUCGCCAAGGAGUUGGUGGAAUCGGGCGCGGCGAAGGCAAUUUCUGGCUUGGCAGCAAGCCAGGCAGCUUCCCUGAUCAAGCGAACAAAGACUGGCUCAGGGUGCAAGGAGGAGCUCAGCAAGGUGUGCGAGAAGCUCUCCAAGAUUGCGGACAUCCAAUCGAACGGUUUCGGCGAAACGCGCCUCCUCGUCCUCAAGGAAGGCAAGAAGCAGUCUUUGGAUGCAUGCACGACGAAUGCGAACGUGGGCAUUCUGGUGGCGGCAAAGGAUGGCGCUCGCCUCACGGUCGCCGGAGAGGAGCCCACGCCGCUGAGAGCCGGAGAGCCGGUGGUCUUCGACGUCUGCUUAGAGGCGAGCCUCCAGGCCGAGGAGAAGCUGCCGGUGCUCUUCGCCCAGGCCUGGCACCCGGAGUUCGCAGCAGUCGAACGCACCACGGAGUUGCGGGCGAGCUUGGAGCCCAGAAAAUCAGCCACUGUGCUUCAACUUCUCUCCGUUUCGUUUCUUGCGUUUUGCCACGUCUGGCAUGCGACUGCCGGCCAGGCCUUACUUACUGUUACUUACUGUCGGGGCAAGCAGUAG